AUGGCCUCACAAUUAAUCCAUAACACGGGACACGUCUUGCUGAAGCUCCGCGGUGAUAUGCUGCGAUUUUCAAGCCAGCCCCAAUUUAUUCAGCAGUGGCCAAAUAGUGAGAACGAUGGUCAAAUUGUCAUGAGCACGUUCCUCAAGUCACCGGUCUGCGUUAUAGCCAUAUUACUCACUAUAUUCGGUCUGGUUAAAUUGUGGAGGUCACUUUUCACCCCGUCACUGGUCUUGGUGCCCGGUGUUCCAGUGGUGGGGAAACCAACAGACACCAGCUUUGAAGCCGCUAUCCGUGAGGGAGACACAAAGUAUCCUGAUGAACCGUAUCAGAUUCCGCUGCCGGUAAUGCCGACGGUCUUCUUUCCGAACAAAUGUAUUCCGGAGCUAUUCAAUAACCCAGCAGCUUCGUUUCAGGCACAUACCGACGAGAUUUUAUUGGGUGAGUAUACAUAUCAAGGCGAGGAUAAUCCCGAGCUAAAGGGAGGGAUACGCCUGAUGUCAAGAAAUCUUGACAUCACAAUCGACUCCUUCGUUGCCGACGUGGAAUUUGCUUUUCAGCAAUGCUUCGGCGACUGCAGUGAUUGGGUCACUCUGGACCACCUAUGGCCCACAACCUUCCGCAUGGCGGCCAUUUUGAGCUCGAGGCCUUUCCUUGGGAGCUCUCUCAGUCACAACAAGGAAUGGGUGGAGUCUGUGCUUGCUUUCGCGAUGACACUAAGCAACGCUGUGGGGACUCUGCGGGGGUUGCCCAAGCUUUUCCGCUUUCUGUUCGAGGAGCGCCUACCGCGUAUCAGAGCCAUGGUAGAGGCGCGGAAUCGGUGCGAGGACAUGAUGAUGCCGCUUAUUGAAGAGCACAUUGAGCGCUGGAGAGCUAACGGAGGCCCUUCGGUGGCGCCCAAGGACGCCAAAACUCAUCCCGAUGGCGGCGAGUUGCUGGACUUUAUCAUCCCGCACUACAGCGAGCCCAAGGCGAAAAAGCUGGCACGAGAUGAAAUCACCGUCAUCUUAGAGUCGAUGCUGAAUCUGUCCAGUGGGUUGAGCCAUGUUCUGUACACAAUGGCUAAAUACGGCCAUAUCUACGGCGAGGACCUGCGCCAGGAGUAUCUCGAGGCCAUUGGGGAAGAUGGGAAGCUGACAACGAACGCCAUGUUCAAGAUGCGGAAGAUGGAUAGCUUCAUGAAAGAAACACAGCGCAUCAAUCCGCCAUCAUUGAUGGCAAUGCAACGCAAGAUUGUGCCGCCUCGAGGACAUCAAUUCUCCGUCGGUCCGCCGAUACCGCAGGGUACAUUAGUAGCUGUCAGCGCCGACCGUGUCAACACUGACCCAAAUAUCUACCCAGAGCCGUUCAGCUUCGAUGCCUACCGCUUUCUGCGUAUGCGUGAGCAGCCUGGUGAAGAGUUCAAGCAUCAACAUGUCUCAACAAGCCAGAUCGAGCUCAACUUCUCUUACGGCGGCCGUGCGUGUCCUGGACGCAUCUUUUUCGCCGCUAUGGAAAAGGUGGUCCUCUCUCACAUUCUCAUGCACUAUGAAGUGCGUGUCAAACCAGGUUACGAGCACGAGGAUAGUCGGUGGAUCGACGGUAUCCGGUGCACCACCAAUCCCAAUGCCAUCAUGCAAAUUCGAAGAAAGGUGGCGAAGGCAUGA